AUCAUGCGCCCGUAUAAUUGAGGUGAAUUCAGAAACUCAACUUCAUUGGCAUCUUGAAGGGCUUCUCGAGAGGCAAACGGAAUAUAAGAAGUAUGGAGGCACAACCCGCCCUGCCCUUUCAGUCUAAGGCUCAUGAUGCCUUACGCCUUGGCCUCGUGUCGCUGAAGGAGGACGCUACCGUGCGGCAUCCGGUUGAGGUGAUCCAAAGUGAGCACCGGCAGCGGACGCUGGCUUCGCAGCAUCAAAUGCUUCGUGAUCUCUAUGGUAUAGCGGCGCCUGCAAGAGCUCAGAUCGAGGCCCAAAUCUUGAGCAAGUUCACUCGGCUACCUGGCGCCGGUACCUCAUCCCUGCUGGGCCUGGAGUCUCUUACCGGCGAACUGGACGAGUUCAAGUACGAAUCCUACCUUGCCCUUCCGGAGGUCUCGACGCUGCCCCCUGUGGACCUACAUUCGCAGAUGGAGCUGAAAUGCGGGUUGCCAGGGUCGAAACACGACCGGAUGGCGCGAGGGUUGCUCUGAGCGUAAGCUACUUAGGCCAGGCUGCCGGUAGUUGUAGACGAUAAGUGUUUACCCAGGGCUCGUAGGCUGUGCAGAUAUCGGGGGGAGCUAGUAGUAGCUUAAGGGUUAUGGGGGUUAAAGGAGUUGUGGGGAGAGGGAGGCUGGUCGACUCGACUUCAAGCAGUGACGAAUCGCAGGGAAUGCCGGUCGCGCACGCUGGCCUGCCUGGGAAGCCUGGUGAGGCGACGCUGCCCGAAAGGACUGUGUCUAUGCGCGCUUGCGUAGAUAGCAUCGCCGAACGAGGACAACAGUCUCUCAUUCACGCACGCCUACAAAGGACCUGGUUGCAGAUGCCACGUCCUUGGUAGGUCCUUAUUCUCCCGUCGCCAUUAAUGCCUAGUCGCAUGGAAAGGCGAUGCUCCCCCUCACAUCUUAGCGGUGAGGGGUUCAUACCUUGCCGUGAAAGCGACGUGUGCAUUAAACAAAUGCUGAUGAGGGCUCUGUACGUGCUAUGAGGCAUCUGGCGCCUGGAAAUGAUUGCGACAGUAAGGUUUGUUUUGUUCUGGGAUUACCUGAUGACGGGAUCGGGAUCAUCGGAACCUUCGACCGUGUGAAUUCUCUUCACGUGUUGUAACAGUACCCCUCUUA